CACUGCUGAGCUGACUCUGGGCCCUGCCUGCGUCACUGGGAAAGGCUCUGCCUUCCUUUGUAUUCUGUAGGCCUGCUUCCAAGCUCAGCCCCGGGGAGGAGCCCCUGUGCAGUCAGUGUCCCCUCAAGCUUGUUGAAUUUCCACUAAUGACAGCACUUUCUAACGCAAUGGCGAGUACCAGCGAUGCCUUGAACGAAUUCAUUGUAGGAGGGAAGUAUAAACUGGUCAGAAAGAUAGGCUCUGGCACCUUUGGAAGCAUAUAUCUGUCUGUUGAUGUCAGGACUGGGGAGCAAGUGGCGGUCAAAUUAGAAUCGCUAACUAUCAGAUACCCUCGACUGCUAUACGAGAGCAGGUGCUACGCAAUUCUACAGGGUGGUGUCGGGAUUCCCCGCUUAAGAUGGUACGGGCAAGACAAAGGCUACAAUGCACUGGCCAUGGAUCUUUUGGGACCCAACCUGGAAGUCCUCUUCCGCUAUUGUUCACGGACUUUCACUAUGAAAACGGUUCUAAUGCUAGCUGAUCAGAUGAUUAAAAUAAUUGAAUAUGUGCACACUAACGACAUUAUACACAGGGACAUUAAACCACACAACUUCCUGAUUGGCCGUGGACGUCACUGUAAUAAGGUUUUCCUGGUAGAUUUUGGUAUAGCAAAAAAGUACAUGUACGGUCCCUCAGGCAAACACAUUCCUUUCAAUCAACGUAAAAAUCCCUUGGGCACUCCUCUCUAUGCCAGCCUCAAUGCCCAUCUUGGCUUUGAGCAGAGUCGCCGAGAUGACCUGGAGGCGAUAGGGUAUGUCUUGAUGUAUUUCGCCAGAGGUGGCCUGCCAUGGCAAGGCCUACCUGGUAACACGAAGAAACAACGUCAUGAGAAGAUUACCGAGACGAAGCUGUCCACCCCUGUAGAAGUUUUAUGUGAAGGCUUUCCGUCCGAGUUCGCCACUUACUUAAACUAUUGCCGUGCUCUGCAGUUUGAAGAAACUCCAGAUUACGUGUAUCUGAGGAGGUUAUUCCACAAUCUUUUCCGGAGUCUGAAUGACCCUCCUGACUACACCUUUGACUGGGCAACAGUAAACACAAACUCAGCACAACCAGCUACAACUGUCUCCAGACAGGUUCAGGAAGACCAUCUUCCCGCUCACUUACAAGGAUGAAUUGUGGAGCAACACAGGCUAGGAGCAAGAAUCUAGAAGUUUUCUUCCAUUGUAUGGUAAUCUAUGGCUGUCCGGAGCGA